CAAAAUUUACCUUUGGAUUAUAUAGCUGUACACCUCAGGAACAAUACCGAGUUUGUAGAAUUAAGAUUGAAGAUCUAGAAGAAAAGUAUUUUCACCGUGUAGAGAGAGAAAAUACGUGUAUACUAGGGAUGCUUGAUCUCGGCAAAAAAAUUGAUUUUUUUAAUCGAUCCGAAUCGCAACUAUAAGUAUCGAUUCACCAAAAAAUCGACCACUAAAGAAUCGAGUGGAAAUCGAUCUAAAAGAUCGAGGCUAAUUGUACACUGUAGACUUAUAAAAAAAAAUUUAAUGCACACGUGCAUACAUCUGUUGUGCCAUUUAUACAGAAUGAAAUAUAUACGUGCUCUUUAAUCUUUAAUUUUAUUGCACAGAUUAAAUCAGAUGGCAUAUCGCAGUCAAUACGAUGGCAAGAUUUUAAUCUAGCUAGGGAAUCCAGCAGGAAAACAAGCAUCGUGCCGCAGGUUUCAGAGCGAAUUUACACUAAACAGAAAAGCAGAAGCCAAUCAAAACUCGCGCUGGUAAUAGAUGACGAUAUAACGUGAGUUCAGAAGUGACGCACCUUUAAGCCUGUCAUACAUGAAAUGCAUAACAGACAUAAGCAUAACAUAAGACCGCUUAACUAAUGAGCAUCUUAUGUAAGAUAUCAAUGUAACAUAUCAAUAUGGCAAUUACCAAAAACAUACAGGGAACAAUUGGAAUUAAUGAAGAAAGGUAUGGUCUUGGAUUCCGACUCAUCUGGGCAUAGACCAUCAGAAGAUUCAACGGAUACUGAAGGUUCUCAAAACAAAUCGGAUGAGGUUCAGGAAGAAAAGUAGUCUUGACGAUAACGAUUGAGAAUGAAUACGAAAAACUGAAAUUGAAAAAAUUACCCAAGUGUCUUCAUGUGAUUCGACAAGUGGCCGACAAAUGCAACGUAGAUAUAGAGAGACACAACGCCAGGCAAUUUAUAAGAACACUCAGAUCCGAUCUCAUACCAAUGGCCCUCAUACAAAUGGCCCUUGUAUGAGGACCGAAGUAUCAUAAAGGUGGAUGAGGUAUUAUAAAAUUUUGCUUCUGAAUAUUGUCAAGUGUGUGCUAAUCUUCAAAAGACAGCUGUUAAAAUUUCAUGAUAUUCUAUUCAUUACUUUGUGAGUUAUUGUGCUAAGAGUGACGCAACUUUUGUUUCAUCAAGACAACGCACCGUGUCACAAGUCAAUCAAAACAAUGGCAAAAUUACAUGAAUUGAACUUCGAAUUGCUCCCACAUCCACCGUAUUCGCCAGAUUUGGCUCCCAGCGACUACUGGCUGUUCGCAGACCUAAAGAAAAUGCUCGCCGAAAUUCUUGGUCACAUUUUGGAGCCUGAUUUGGCAUCGGAUGAAGAAAAUUAUGACGAGAUUAUCCUUGAACUAUUUAUUUUAUUCACUGUAAAUGAUGAAGACGGACAAAUAUUAGAACCAGUAUUAGGAGCUGUUCAAAGAGCACAUCGCGUAAAAAUUCUUAACUAUACAACACCUAUAGGCUUGUACAAAAAAAUACUAUAUAAGUCAGAAUCUGCUAUUCUUGCCAAUCUAUCGUUCGACACUGUUCUGGAUUCUUGCCGAACAACCGAGAGUCUCACCAGUCUCAUCGCAGUUCGUUAAGUUCAUUCUCAGUAACAGUUAGUCUUAAAUAUUUUUCAUACUUCUCUUCAGUUUUAUUUUUUAUUAUAAUAUCUUAUAGGACCAUAUAUAUGAGAGUGUAACUUCAAAUAAUGCCUUAAACAAUCUAGCUGGAUCUGAAAUGCUUAAGAUUUUAAAACAUUUAAAUAUUUUUAUAAUCACAAAAUGGAUGAGAUUAAUGCAGAAAUUCUUGGUCACAUUUUGGAACCUGAUUCGGAUAUAUGUAUUCGGAGAUAUGUAUUGAAAGACUCCAGUAACGUAUUAGUACAUUCCUUAUCAAUUGUAAGGGUGAUGAAAUCCACAUAAAAACACAAAGUAAAUAUGAUCCUAUUCAA